CUCUUUCUCUCUCUCUCCACCUCCCUCUCUCUCCCUCCCUCUCUCAUUCACAUCUUAAAAGCUGGUGCGUGCUGUCUCUCCCUCCCUCUCUCUCCUCCUUGUCUUCCUCUCUCUCUCCUUUCCCCUCCCUCUCCUCCCUCUGCUUUCUCUCCUCCCUCUCUUCUCUCCUCUCAUUCACAUCUUUAAAAGCUGGCGCGUGCUGUCUCUCUCUCCAUCUCUUGUCUGCUGUGGCUCUGCAGGACACUAAACCAGAGAAGCAGUGCAGAGGCAGAGGAGCCCAGGGGAACACAGAGGAGCCCAGAGGAACACAGAGGAGCCCAGAGAAGCCCAGAGGAGACACACAGACCCUCUUAAUCACAAAUAUCUCCAGCUGAGUGCCAGUGCCAGACCAGGUGGAGGAUGCCUCUCUCCCACAUCUCUGCUGCUGUGCUGCUGCUGAUCGCUCACUGCGGAGCCUGGACGGGGGCCAGUCGUCUGGGCCCCUUUAAGCUGUGCCCCUCCUGCAGGGACCCCCUGAGCUCUGGGCGUCCCACCCGUGAGCACCAGUCUGCGGGCAGCACCACGGCUCUGGCCCUUGGGGAGCCCUGUGGAGUCUACACUUUGAGCUGUGCCAGGGGUCUGCGCUGUGUGCCCCCUCCCAGAGACCACAGCCCUCUGCAGGCUCUGCUCCAGGGACGAGGAGUCUGCGCCAAGGGCAGCCGGACCGCACCCACCGACAAACCCAACCCUGCAGGCCCUCACCCUUCACACGGAGGAGAUCUGGACAAAGCUCCGUGUCGCCGGCUCCUGAACAGCGUCCUGAGGGGUCUGGAGCUCACACUGUUCCAGUCAGACAGAGACAUCUACAUCCCCAACUGUGACACGCGCGGGUUCUAUCGCAGGAAACAGUGCCGCUCGUCUAAGGGCAUGCAGCGUGGCCACUGCUGGUGCGUGGAUGAGCUGGGCACGCCACUGCCCUCACGUGCUCCUGAAGAGGGUGCGCUAUCGUGUGACGCAGAGUGAACCCAGAGCUCCAGAGCCAAGACAGAGGAGAGGAAGAGGAGAAGCCUGGACCAGGGACCAGAGACCAGAACCAGCACCACUAAAGAACUAUCAGACUCCAUCCUUUCUCCCUGUAGAGUCCAGAGGGGGCAGGGGACAGUGCUGAUCAGGCAGGUUUGAGGUGUGGCUGGAAAUAUUGUCUACAGUAAGAAAACUGAAAAGGAAACAAACAUAUACCCCUGUUUGUUUCAUUUUCAGUUUACAGUAAUAUUCACUAUAACGAAACUAUAGUAAUUUAUUUAAUAUUUGACUUUUUGCUUCUCAUUAUAGUAACAUGUAUUACAUAAAUGAAUACUGUCCCCUGCCCUCUUCUGAGAGAGGUUCAUUCCACUGUCCGAACACGACCCCUGACCUCUUCCACAGUUGCACAGAUCUGCCUGAAUGUUCCACAGAUGCAGUAACAGCACCCCCUCCUGGUGACAUGCUGCUUGUUCACAUGAUUGCACUGCCUUGGUGAUACUUGGUGAUUUUUGGUGAUUCUUGGUGAUGUUUGGUGACGUUUGCCUGGCUCUGGUUCUUAGCUGACACUGCCCGCUCUUCUCAGUCGGCUGGUACUGUUAUUCAGGUGAAAACUUCCUCACCGCUCCCCUCUUCCUCUCUCCAAAGAUACACUGACUCAACUCAAACUCAUUUUUCAUUUGCUGUUUAUUUAUUUUUUAAGUACAGAUAUUAGGGCUGAAUGAUUGACUGAAAUGAAAAUUGUAAUAAGAGCAAACAUCAAAGAACAGAAAUGAUGGCUUUGCACUUUUCUGGUGUGUGGUCAGCCAUAUGAUUCAGUCAUUGCUUUGUCUAGAAUGUUUCACUGUGUCAGUCAAACUAACUUUUGUUCAGUCGACAAACUGAAUUUAUCCUUUGCUCUGGAUUCUACGUGGACGAUUGUUCACACGUUUCACUGUGUAGCAUUAUCUUACAGAAAAAAAACACACUCUCACUUAUAAUUUACGUCAAUAGAGUUUGAAAAAAUCUGUGUUAAAUCAGUGCCUAAACCCUUUCAGUCUGGAAUAACUGACUGACUCAAUAACUAACUAACUAAUAUGUAUUAUUUAUUUAAUUGUUUGUCUUCUUGGCUAUACCAAAUGACUGAAGAAACACUGAAUAAUAUGCAUACUUACUGUGAGUGGGCUCGCCUUUCCACAGAUUUGACCUGUAACUUAACUUGAUGGCGUGGAAAAUUCCUGGCAAAGCAAUAACAUCUCCAUAGAGACAGCCAGCUACAUAGUACACCUUUAAGCUAUAAAUGUUGGCCUAUACUUUAAUUUUUUUUUAAACAUAAAAUAUUUAGGUUUGGAGGGGGUCCAACGCUAUUCCUCACUUAUCUUAUGCAUUCAGAGUAGGGCUAGACCGAUAUAUCGGGCUGAUAUUUGCACUUACACUUAAGCAUAUCGCAUAUCAGCCUUAAAUCCGCUGCCUAAAUAUGCAUAAAUACUAUAUGUGUAAAGCUGAAUUUGUACAUUUUAGUCCAAAUACGGUACUGCUAAACAGCUCUCUUUAUCCAAUUUGUAGUAAAACAAAGUUGUGAAUGAAUUUGUACUAAACUCAAAUGACAUAAAUAUCAACAGAGCUUAGUGGUCAUUGGCUUCUCUGGAUUCUAAACAAUUUUCAUCAAAAAAUAAAUAAAAAAAAUAAAAACAUGUUGAACAAUUCACAGCAUGACGAGUACCACCAUGAAUCCAUAAACGCUUUUCACAACUUUUAGGGGCCAGAGCACCAUGCUACUUGUGCAAUUCCUGAUUUUCAGACAAUAAAACACUUUUACUUUACACAGCACACCGUGGACUUAUUUUGACCUCAAGAGCUGCUUUUACAUACAUCUGUUGUAGGACACAUUUUGCUCAAAUACAUGGGAAGAAAUUGGGUACAGGUCCUUUAAGAUCUGGAUGUAUUAGAGUCAUUCAGCCCUAAUAGUUAUUUCCAUUAAUGAUUUUGUCCCUGGGUAUCUUAAGUUUAACAUGUUUAAUUAACACAUUCUCAUUUUGUGCUAUAUUUCUAUAAAUGUAAUGUCUAUUUGUACAUACGUUUGGAUUCUGUGUUUUCACGUGAUGUAAAGAGGCAAAGAAAACGCUUACGGCUGUUACUGUUUUCAAAAAGUUGUAAGGCAUAUUUUUAUACAUAUAUAAUAUUUUAUAUAUGAAAUGUUGAUUUAUUUAAAAAGCUACGAUACAGUGCCAUGUAUUUUUAUAUUGUCAAUAGUUAUUUUUGUGUUAUUUUAUUUCAUAUUAAAGGUGCACUGCGGAACUUUUCUGAUGGGAUGUCUCCUACCUACUUGUUUCAAUGGAGGAGUUAUUGCUUUGCCUGGAAUGUUCCGCAGUAUGGCAUUAUGUCUUAUCUAUCUUAUAUUUAUUCAAUUACAACUGUUUUUUCUUGUAUAGACAUAAGUUUAAUGCCAUACUGCGCAGCAUUCUGGGUAAAAAAUAAAAUCUCCUUGGAGACAAGCAGGUGGCUGAAAAGUUGCAUAGUGCAGCUUUAAAUGUUUCAAGAGAAGUUUAUAACAAAAAUAUAUUCCUUGGUUAAAUCUAAGUACUGUACAUUAUAGCAUAGAUGUCCAGUAUUAGUUAUGUAAUGUUGACAUUGACACCUCAUGAUAAAUUAUAAUUUCAACAAAGAGAAUAUGAAUUGUUAUCGUUGUAUGUCUUUCCCAAAGUCAUUUAAUUGUAAGAAAGAAAAAAAAAGAUAAAAAAGUUAUUUGGAAACUUUGUGAGUGCCGUGAAAAAAGCACAAAAAGAACAGAUGUGUUAAAUGUUAAAAAUAAUAGUAACAAUAAUAACAAUAAA